AUGCGAAGUAACGUCUCCAAGCAGUUGCAAAAAAUCGCCAUUUUUGAUCGACUGAAUGUAGAGGCCCAACGACCAGAAACAAUACAAAAUCCAAAUUUGAGAAUUGACUAUGAUAUUUUGCGUUCGUUUGGUCCCCACGGCAAAGCAAAGAGGAUCCCACAAUGUGGUGUAAGGCCACCACAACAGAACCUGUUGGUGGGGGUCCACACGCACGCAGAAAGGGUGCGGGGAAGGUCUAGACGUGGACCUCAUGUACCGAUAGGUGCGGAUGCAAAGAAAAGUCUAAAAAAGGAGAUUGAACGGCGAAUAGAAGCUGUACCGAGAAUUGUGCAUGAACCACGACUUUUGAGUGCAGAACCAUCACAUUACAUUUUGGAACCCCAGCAGCCUUAUCAUUAUCGCUUCCGCGCUGUUGAUGAUGUCAAGACCUUGGAGGAGGAGAUCGCCCGCCAGGACGCGGGCCUCCGCCGGCGGCCGCGCGAGUCCCUGCGCUCGUUCCUGCUCUCCUCGCUGGCGGCGCCUCUGGACGGCCGCGGCCAGAAGCUGGUGCACCAGUUCUGCGACGCGUACGAGUGCGCCCGCCACCACCCGGCCGAGUUCGGCGACGACGAGUACAGGGCUUACAGCCGUCUGCUGCUGAAGCUGCUUGACGCUGCCCGCCUGUUGAAAAGCGUGGGGGCCUGCUCCAGGGCUUCGCCCCGUGACAGCCCGCAGCGGCGUCCCGCGCGCCUCUUGGACCCCGCGCGCCUUCGCCCCACCGCCCUCGCAGCCCUACCCGGCGCUAAUAAACUCCCCGCCGUAUUGCACAACCAGUACACCGCCCUGGAGAACAUGCCGGUGGAUGCUAAGAUAGAGGAGGAGAUCAUCAGGGUCCCGGUGCAGAGCCCCGCUGAGUCUGUAGCGAAGGCCCCCGCGGACGAGACGGCCGUG